CAACAGUUUUGUAUUGACUGAAAGCUUACUGGUUAUAAGUGCACUAGACCGAUGAGGCUGUUCAAUGUGGGAAGAUCCACUUCAUAUUAGUCUUGCCCAAACACCAGACACCACACCCUUACCGCCACACUCCUACGUAAACCGUACGUCCUUUAACCUGUCUAUUCACCUAACCAGACAGGAAUUGCAUACAAACCAUUAUGACCAAAAUGCAAAUUACUCUUUAUACAAGAUGAGGUAACUUUGAGCUAAGCACCGUAUUUAGUAUUAGACCAUACAGCUAUAGUUGUUAAGUGAGGACCAGCUUAAGAAACGCUGUGGCUGAUUUAAUCGUCAGUACCAAUCUUGUGUUUGAACUUUACACAUCAUCUUAUAAACAUUUACUAUAUAAAGGAUAUAUUAUCCGUUUAUGACCAAAAUAGGUGUCAAUCGAUACCUGUGUGAUUACGUGACAUCACUCUGCAGAUCACUGAGUAAAACACUGCUUAUAUUACAUAGCACUGCUGAGAGAAUCAAAUUCCUUCAUACUUGAGCUGAAGAGAAACACCUGUAAAGCUAGUAUACCAGAAGAAACCCAGGAUGACCUAACUGGAGAUUAAUACAAACAACAUUAAACGAGAGUCUUGAACCACAGCUAAGGAUUUGUAACAAUGGGAUCAUCAGUCCUAAAUUUUGGGCUUGCCCUUGAACAUGACAUUGAUGAGCAAUACCAAUAUACUCCAGGCGAGGUUGUCAGGGGCAAUGUGAACCUUGAAACCAAUGGUCGCACUGCCAUACGCAGGAUCACUAUCAACAUUCGUGGUGAGGGAGUAGUGGCUUGGGAGGACCAGGUAAAUGGGGCGUUCAAGGCUAACGAAGAAUACAUCAAUGCCAGUCACGUUGUGGAAGAAAGCCAAGGAAAAGAGCCUAUUAUGCUAGAAAAAGGCAACCAUCAAUUUGACUUUGAGUACAGACUACCUGACAAUCUGCCUUCUUCUUUUAUUGGUAAGUUUGGGAGUGUUACGUAUGUGUUCAAGGCUAGUGCUUAUGGUGAUCGCCCUGGUGACACCUCACUCAUCAGUGAACCCUUUCUCAUCCUCCGCAGUCUGCCCCUCCCCGAGCGAUUCAGACAUGGCGCUUCCGCAAAAUUGGAAAAACGCAUAUGGAAAAAGCUGUCAAGUGGGAAAGUCAAGCUCUCAGCCAGUAUAAACCGGGUAGGAGGAACCCAGGGGGAGGACCUGUUCAUAAACGCUGAGGUAGCAAACAGAUCUCCUGCCAGGAUUACUGCGAUGCAGACCUCAAUUAUCAUGAAUACCCUCUACCACGCUCAAAACCGUGCUAUACCCUUCCGUCAAAUUGUCAAUAAGCGACGGGACGAGUAUGAACUAUUACGUGGUGACGGACGUCGAUGGCAAAAUGUGCGUCUGUCUAUCCCUCCCUAUAUCCCUGAAACGAGACUCGAGUAUUGUGAUAUCAUUGAAGUCUCCUAUACUCUACAGUUCAGGAUAGAAAUCGCAGGUGGGAAAGAAAUGAAAAUAGAAUUUCCAUUUAUGGUCGGAUCCAUGCAAGAAGGACAUGAAAUUGUGUCACGUAAUAAAAACAGCAUCAUGAACCGUCAGUGGACGUUGAGCUCGAAGGAGCUCCAAAUGGGCCCAGCAGGUGACCCGGCCCCGGAUUACGACCAUGAUGGGGACUGGUAUCACGAGAAUGUGCCAGAACUUCGCCCAGAAGAUUCUAAGGUUACAAACCCAUUGUUUCAGGAUCAUGACAAAAAGAUUACACAUAAAAACAUUGAAAACUUCCAACCUACACUGGAUGAGCUGCCAGAGGUUAUUGAAAACACAAAACUAUGAUACUGGGAUUCUAUCUAAUGUUCCACAAUGGAUUACAGAUAGUAGUGAAAAGGGUUGCAUCUUUUCAUUACAAUGAACUGUGCAAAGGUAUAUAAUACAGUAUACAAACUUUUUUUUCAGGAAGAUGACCAUUUGUGUUAAGACUAUGAAAACUCAAGUUUUUGAUUGGAAAAGCAUGUUUAUUUGAGAAUGUGUGACUGGUUUAGAUUUAGAUAGAAAAACAAAGAGUAUAUAAUUACAAAGCUAUGUUGUGAUAUAUACAUUUCAAGGAGAAGACUUUUAGCAUUAUAGUCAAUGAUAAAUUAAAAGUUGAACAAAUAUCUCUGUGCAGUUGUUUCUAGACUAUUCCCCAGUCCUGACCCAGGAUAGGGCUGCCAAUGUGAGCAGCCUGGCUGUAUUUACAAUAAAAUAAAAUGUGACGUUCCUGCAAUAUGGAACAAUAUAAAGUAGACUUGACUACAACACUGGGGGCAGUUAUGGGCGUGGGAAACAAGAGUUCUUAUUGCCAAUAAAAGUCAUAUAAGUGCUAAUAUCUCAUAGUUGAUAGUGUAGAUGUUAAAAUGAUUUUUGCUGAAUUUCUUAUAUAAAUUGUCAUGAAUUGCCAAGGUAGAGCUUAAAAGCUUAGAUAACUUAUUUUUGUGUGAUAGAUUUUACUAUGAAUACAUUAAAAUAUGCUGUAACUAAAAACAAUAGUUUUCACUAUUCAUAAAUAUUGAUAUAUCAAUCACUCAUGUGCUUAAAGUAGAACCACCCUCAUGUGUAAAUAAAUUCGGUUUUUGGAAGACGUCCUAAUGGAUCAAAUAUCACUAAAAUGCCUUUUCUGCCUUCAAUGCUUUAAGUUUACAUGUAUAUAUAUUUAAUGAAGGAUUUAUUUUAGUAACGGAGGUAUGAGGCAUGUUUUACUCCGCUCAAGGUAAUUUUUUCUUAAUGUUGGGAGCCCAAGGGUCCAUUGCUCUAGAUCUAAACAAGUAGUCAUAUGUCUUAUGGUAUUACGUUUUUGCUCAUUAGAUAAUGGUUUAAAGAUUUAUUUAUUUUUUUAAAUGGAUGUUUCCACUUAAACUAAUGAUAAUCUAAAUUAAUCUGCAGUACCUUUAAUUCACAUACAAAUACCUAUAGAAACAUCAUAACCCUCAAAAAGCCAAAUUUCACCUUAAAGUUUGCUUCUUUACUUAGGGUCUAACAUUAUGCGGGACAGGAGG